AUGUGCUGUCGGCUUGUUUUCUUGUGUACAGCAGCGAUAGCUGUAUCAUCCACGUCAACGAAGAACCCUUCGGAGGCUGAGCUGGAAGACCGCGAAGAACUCGGUAUGUGCACUAGUGACAAAGUUAUAAUAGAGCGCCUUAUUGAUAAUUACAAGUCUUUCAAAACGCCAUCGGAAUCGGGAGUGAUAGUGUGGAUUGAGGUGUGGGUUCAAGAAGUGAACUCAGUUAAUGAAAUUACUAGUGAUUUCGAUAUGGACAUCUACGUGACUGAACUUUGGAUGGAUAAUGCUCUUCGAUAUGAUCAUAUGAGCCCAUGUAAAUACAACUUAUCACUUAAUUCCGAGAUUUUGGAUCAAAUCUGGAAACCAAACACCGUUUUCAUUAACAGCAAAGCGGCACAUAUCCACAAGUCACCGUUCAGAAACGUUUUUCUUAUGAUCUAUCCAAAUGGAACCGUGUGGGUAAAUUACAGGGUUCAAGUGAAAGGACCUUGUUCAAUGGACUUUAGCGCUUUUCCAAUGGAUCGACAGUCCUGUCACCUUACCCUUGAGUCAUUCAGUUAUAACAAUCAAGAGGUUGAUAUGCAGUGGACAAAUUGGACCGAAGGCCUUUCGCUGCUGAAGAAGGAGAUCGUACUGCCGGACUUCGUGCUCACAAAUUACUCGACCUCAAUUGAACAACAGAUAUAUCCGGCAGGCAUCUGGAAUGAAUUAACGAUGAAUUUCGUGUUCAGCCGUCGAUACGGGUGGUAUAUAUUUCAAGCCUACAUUCCUACAUACCUCACUAUUUUUAUCAGUUGGAUAAGCUUCUGCCUUGGACCAAAGAUGAUACCUGCUCGAACAAUGCUUGGAGUGAAUUCUCUCCUAGCGCUGACAUUUCAAUUCGGGAAUAUCAUGCGAAAUCUUCCACGAGUUAGCUAUGUUAAAGCGCUAGAUGUGUGGAUGUUGGUUUGCCUCACAUUCGUGUUCUCGUCUCUGUUGGAAUUAGCGGUCAUAGGAGCCAUUGGAGCCAGAACAGAGACGAAAGGAACAGGACCGCCUCAACGCUCGCGUUCCUCCUCCUGCACAUCGCCACGUAUCUGCCGGAAUCACGUUCAGUCGGACUCGCCACAUGGCUUUCGAAGCUACGGAAGUACUGAUCCACGGAUGCGAAAGAAGACGCUUUUAGCUACACCUGGGACCAUUUCGAGGACAUCCGCCGACCUAGCACAGACAACGGAGAAAAUGCUUCUGCUGGAUGGUUGCGAAGACAAGCCAUUUGUGUCAGCGACAAGAGGAGGAUGGACGACGGAUCGUAUAGAUCGUAUAAGUAUGGUGGCGUUUCCAGGAUUAUUCACCAUAUUCAACAUAAUCUACUGGUCUUACUAUCUCAACUUAAAUGAUUAA